UGAAAAGCACAAACAACGUCUUCAUUAAAGAGGUUGCUUCUUUAAUUAUCAAGAAAGUUUCAAGUUGUCCAUUAGAAACAAUUAGCCCAAAAGAUUCAUGUGCUAAUGUCUUUGGUGACCUCUGGACAUUGGUCAAAUUGUUGAAAAAUCACAUGAGUAUGCUGUUAAAAUGGAACUUGAUCUACCACAAGAGUUAAGUCAAGAUUUAACUGAAGAGGAACUUCCAGUUAAAAUAAUUCCUCACCAUGGGAAACAACCAAUCAAUUUCCAUCCAGACAUUGUUGCAGACCACUUAGGAGUCAUUUCUACAAAAACACAGCCUCUUAAGAAACGGCAGUUACAGUGUUUAGCUAGAACUAGACACAGCAUCAAAGCACUAAAAAGAGCAUCAAUAAGUGGGAGGACUUACCCAACAGAGACACUUGUUGCAGGAAAGAGAAAAAAAGAGAAAGGCGUCUCAUUGGAUAAUGCAGGAUGACUGAAUGUAAAGCCGUCUGAGGUAAGUGCAAAGGGCAGUCGUGAAAAGAAAUGAGCAGUUAGUGAGACUUGGUUGUCAUUCUGUGAUUUACUUCCUCAAGGAGGUCUUUGGGAAUGCGUUUGUAAAAAUCUAGUCAGCUUUCUCUUGCCCAGCCCAGUAGAAUUGGACGCUGAUUCAUACAACUCCGCUUUACUGGGACUUAACCAUCAGUGGUGAGCUCCGUGUAAAGGUGGCAGGCUAGUUUCCAUUAGCCAGACUAAACUGCCAUUUCUUUCUUUCUUUUUUAUGCUUAUCUAACAAAAGGCCCAUUUUUAAGAAACUUGUAAUUGUGAAAUAGUUUCAGACUCAGAAACACUGCACAAAGCGUCCCCAUAUGCCUUUCACCCAGGUUUCCCUAAACCUCUGAACUAUAUAGUCAUAGUACAUCCCAUAUACAAUUAUUGAAACAAGGAACUUAACAUUGAUACAGUGCUAUUAGCUGAUCAGCCGACUUCUCAGAUUCCGCCAAUUGUCCCUUCCACUGUCCUUUUUAUGUAAAGUGCCAUUUCUUAAAGAAUGGGGAUACAGAGAAAUACCUUUAACAGCAAACAGGACUGACUGGAAUUGUAGUCCUCAUUUUGCAACUCAGAAGAAACACAAUUUUUACAGUCCUAACAGUUCUUUCUCAUGGACAUACAUUAUCAUAGUACUGUCUGGUCCAAAAGGGCCAGCUAGAAAGUCAGCUAAACCAGCCUCUGUUAGAGAUUGAAAUCCUCAAACUUCAGACUCCGCAGUAGUAUUGUUUCUAUGUAGCAACAAUUGUCAACAAACAUUAGACUGCAAGCUCUUUAGAGAGUUCAUUCCUUUCUUGUUAUUUCACUUUCACUACUUAACACUUUCCCACUACCCCACACACUUACAUCCUCAGGAUGUACCCAGUUUCUUUUCUAUUCUACCCUUCUCCUAGACUCUGUUGUGUUUGUGCUGCUAUAUUUAUGAACUAGUUUCCCUGCAGUCCCAAUUUGGGCUCCUAAUAUACUUAAAUAAUGGGGACUUGAAUGCCAUAGCACUGUCCUUGGUACAAUGUAACUAUUGAAAAGUAGUUCUGUUUACUGAUCUUAGGGCACCAGGGCAUAGGGAUGGUCUUGCCAGGAGAUGGAGUUACACUGAUCCAGCCCCACAUUCCAUUUAAUACCAAAGUCCCUCGAUAUAAAUGAGCCUCUUGCACCAACAGUGUGCACUCCCACGACGGAUGUAGCUUGUGGCUUACAAACUGAGCAGAGGUCUACAGAACCCACCUGCCUGGAGCAUAAGCCUAGGAGCUUGUUUUCCUUAGUAGUAUUUUCCAACCCAUUGAACUAAGUCUCAGAGCUGGUGAAUACAUUGACGGGCACUUUUUUUAACCUUAAAUACUGAGUUUGUCAUAGACAUUGAUGAAAUCUCCUUGGUCCUUAGUUUCUUGAACUAGAUCAAGGUCCUUUCCAACUCUAAAAUGUACUUUUCUCUCUGCGUUCUCAAAAUUACAUUAGUGUUUCCUCAGUAGUCUUCCUUAAUAUAUAUGUAGUUCCUUGGGCACAAGAUCUGCAUAUGUGAACAGUACAAUAUUACCCCCAAGUCAUUCUUCUAUCAUCUACGCAAAUAUCUUUGGUUCGUCUUGGUGGCCUGAUUUCUUCUUACAUCCUUUGUCAGUGCUUUAGCUAUCUCUUCAUAGCCCAGAGGGAGUUGGGAGAGAAUAGCUAAUCCAAAACAACUACUGGUACUCUGAAGGGGAGCAAAAGCUGUGAUAAACAAUGUAAACAGACAUAGAUAGCUCAGCUCAGACAGACGCUUUGCAGCUAUGUGGACAGCAGUACUGUUCAUCCCCAACAUGCAAAGGGGGUUGCAGAAAGAACACAUCAGUUUAGGGAAGCAAGGCAACUCCCAGGCUAUUCCUCAGUCAGAAAUGUUAUCAUGCCAAAUCUGAUGUAAGUACAACAAAUAUUGAAACAUCACGAACUCAGUGGACAGAAUCUGAACACAUACAAAGAAGAAUUGUUUCCAACGCUGAUGUGACUACUUCAAAAUUCAGGACUCAUACACACUCCUCUGCCUGGGAAAGACACAACUAAAUGUGAGAAAUGUAACUUAUCACUGACCAGGUUUCUGUAGAAAGGAUAGAGAGCUGCACAAACUUAGUUCAAGUAAUGUGCAUUGGGUAGGAAGGAAAGGGCAUAAACUGGAUCUAGACAGUCUCUCCCAACUCUGAUAAUAUUUACAAUAAAAGGGAAAUGAUUAACAGGAGCCUCGGUUGAAGGAAAACAACACAUGGAAAGAGUCCUAGGUUAGUUAGAAGGACAAGAAAAACAAAAUGGAAACCAGUUAGGAGAAAUGCAGGCUAAUUAUUUAAAAUAAUAGAUUUCAUCGUUUUUUUGGACUCCGACCUGUAAAUACUCAUUAGUUUUAUGCACAGAAACUCCAUGCCAAUGGGCACUACCAGAUGAGAUGGAGGCAAGUGAAAAGGUUCAUGCAAACUCAGCUUAUCUGGGUUUGAAUUCUGGCUUUGCCACUUAGUAGCUAUAUGACCUUUGGGGACAUUAUCUAACCAACUUUUUUUCUUAAAGAUUACUUAACCAACUUAUUGAAAAAUAUCAAGUUAGUCAAAGUAUGUGGAAUAUUCCUCCUGCAAACAGCCCAUAAACCCUUUUUGAUACACGGAUCCUGUCCCUGGUUCUGUAUCCUUCUAGGGAUGGUCUGGGUCUCAUUCACCUCCUGGGUUGACCCUACCCAAAAAAUUGUACCAUACCAUGUGUUUAGAGAAUACAUAUGAUGUAGGAUGUCCUGGUGGGACAAUUCUCUAGAUUAUCCAUUUGCAGUAAUUUUCAGGCUAACCCAGAAGCUAUAGUGAACCAGACAAACCAGAACACAGAGAUACAACUCUACCCAAAUCAGGAGCUCACCAGGUUAAUAGCCUUAAUGCAAACCUUGAUCUCUGUAUUGGGAUGUAUUUAUUGGGAAGCCAUGUGAGAUUUCAUGAUUAAAUAUACCAUGCCUAUCAGAAAUGCUAACUACAUAAAUAACUAAGGAAAGGUUAUGGUAUAUUUUACUUCAUUUAUUGCAAACUCUAUUUUGUGUAAUACUGAUUUGUACUUUUCCAGGGAAAAAAAUUGAAACCCAGUAAUGAACCAACACAUUACUUCAGACAGAAUUAUGAGUGUAUCCUCAUACGACGAAGAGGACCUGCCUUCAUUUUCUAGUGAUAAUGAUGAUCAUCUCCCAGAUACAAGCGCUAAAAUGACAGAAGAAAGCAUUGAUCCAGAUUUGGAGAAUGCAAACAGCGUUGAGUUUGUCACCCUCUGUCAACAUGAAAGUGCACUGACCAGCCUGUAUUCUUCAAAUGAUGACAUUUCAGAUGGUGAUAAACCCAGUACUUCCAAACAGGGACCUGAAAUGAUGAGGAAGGUAUCACCAGGUCUGUCCAAAGUGUUUUCAAGAUUUAAUGCCAGUGUUCCCAAAUCUUCCUCACCCUCUCCCCCUCACCCGGACAGAAGCUGAGGCUCCUACACCUGGCAUCAAUAAGUGUGCUGAUCUUCCUCAAAAAAAUUAAUGGUUUUGGAGCAUGACAUUGUGAUAUGACAUGCUUUUUCUUAUAAGUACUGAAAACAGGGGCAAAGAAAGUUCAAAAAGGCAGCUGGAGAAAAGGAGGGUUUGAUAAAUGCUUCUGAAAGACAUUCUGGUAUGAGAAGAGGGGCUGUGCCUCACGUAUAGAUGCAUGUACCAGGCAGCGUAAGAUCUAAGCUCUACUCUUGAGGGCCCCACAGCCUUGCUGGGAAGACUAACUUAGAAAUAUAAGCGUGACACCAGUAAGAUAGUUAGUCUUCACAUAUUCUAGGUGCUGUAGGGGUUCAAAAAAGGGAGUGAUCACUGUGUGCUGGAGUGGUUAGGAUAACUUUCCUGAAGGAACUGAAUUCAGGCAGUCCUCAAAGGACAGGUAGGUCUAGGUACUGGCCUAGAACGCACCAGGAAGGCUUUUACCUUGGGUCACAACAGCCGCCUACACUGAUGCCAUGCCUGAACUGUCUAGUUCAGCACUGCCUGGUAGGACCUCCUGCAGUGAUGGAAAGUCGAUAUAUGCUCAGUCCAGUACAGUAGCCAGUAGCUCAACGUGGGUGACUGGUGUGAUUGAGAAACUAUAUAUUUUGUUUUGAUUUAUAAAUAGCCACAUGGGGCUAAUGGCUCCCUUAUUGAACAGUGCGAGUCUAGUUAGUACAUGGCCUCAUGGGUACUGGUCAGUUCAGAUAUGGUUGAGGGGUUGUCUGAAAGUUCAUUUCCAAAGUCUAUCCCGAAACACCUAGAAAGUGCCAAGAAGCAGCAUCCUCUUGGCCGCUUCCAGAGACAUGAACCAUCAGUGUGGCCCAGGGGAGCUCAUGCUUCCCAGUCAAACCUGUACUCUUCUACUUGCCAGAUGGCUACACAGUACUUGGCUAGAAACUGCUUAUAUGGGACAAAAACACCACUCUGGUACUGAAACCACCAUUUUGACCUCCCUCUACUCAGUAAACAGAACACUCAACCAGUCAUUUUAAUACCCCAGCUUGAUCCAAGAAGUUAGGUCAGAGGAAGUUCCCAGCUUUAUCCAACACUCCCUGGGGAAAUAUUUCUGGGCAAGUGAAUUUCCUUUAUGCUGUACCUACAGUCUAUAAAUGUUAUGUUAACUGAACUUUAGCAGACAGACUGGCACGCAGUUCUGCCCAAAUUCCACCCACACCCAAAUUUGGCUGCCUUCAUCCACUCACUCCUACCCUUACGUACUGAGUUCAUCACAUGCAGCAGCAUUUUAAAGUUAUUUUUUAAAGGUUCACAAUAACGACAAACCCCAAACUUAUAUAUGGCUUUAAUUUGUUUUUAUUAGGUAAUAUAAAUCCAGUUCAAAAUUCAAAAAUACAAAAGAUACAGUGAAAAGUAAGCCCCUUUCCCUCUUUUCUCCCAGCUGCUACCUGAUUCUCCUCUCCAGAAGCAAUCGCUUUUACCACCAGAUCAAGUACAUACCCUUCCUGAGAUAGUCUAUGGAUAACAAGUGUAUUAACAUAUGACUUUAUAAAAAGUCUAAUUGAAUAUCCUCCCUCAAAAAGGCAGAAAACAGGAAGAGAGGUGAGAAUGGAAGAGAGAGUGAGAAUGCAAGCACGUUAUUUGACAGUUAUUUCAUAGUGCUGCUGCUUUGGUCUGUUUCUAUGACUGCAUUUGUAGCUCCAAAUAAAGUCAGUCCUCAUUUUUAAAAAUGCUUUUUGUCUAAGGAACUAAAUACCAAAAGGUAAGCACCAGAACUGGAGGAAAGGUACCUACCAUAGCUGUUAAAAGCCUGCUGACCAAAAUACACCAAGACUAUAUGAGCUAGUAUCUACAGUCCACCAUUUAAUAUAAAGAAGUAGAUGAAAGCACAAAAAGCAAAAAUGCAUGGCCUCACUUUCAAUGAAAGAAAAUGCAAAUUAGAAUAACGUGAAGGUAUCACAAUGUACCUUUCAGAGAGGAAAAGGAAUAAAAUGAUAAAAGUCAGUAUGUAGGAAAAGUCCAGAAUGUAGGAAAAGGAUUACAUUUGAACUCUACAUUGCUGAUAAUUCCAUAAAUUUGAUCUUUCUAAAAAGCAAUCUAACAAUAGACAAGCUAUGGUUCUAGCUGUGCUUUUGGACCUGGUAGCUCCUUUGGGGAAUGUGGUACAAGGGAAUAAUACAAAAGGAAAAACAUUUUUAAAGCCUCUGUAUAAAAAUAUUCAUAGCGGUACUAUUACUAAUUAUGAUGAAAACUUAAAACAAUCCACGUGGGGGACUGGUGUAGUGUAGUAACAGGAAAGAACACUACACAGCCACUGAAAAUGACAAAGAUAGUGACCAUAUAAACACAAAGAAAUGCACAUAUGAAAUAAAUUAAAUCAGUUCAUAAAAUACGACAUGUUCUCUGAUAACCGAUAAGUAUACUUUGUGAUUUAGCAAUCAUAUGGUAUACUAAUAAAAAUCCAAAGAAAUUUAAAUGAAUAAUCAUGAAGAUUUUGUUGCUGUUGUUCGCUGCUUACUAAUAAAUGCCUUUCCUUGAAGCAACAUCUCAUAAUCAUCACCAACAUCACUUCUUAAAGCUAUUUCUAACCCUAACCUAAGGUGAAUGGAAUAGUAUCAAAUGCCUCAGCUUCUUAUGAGGCAUGGGAAAAAAGAAAGCAUUCUUUCAGACUUUUUUAAACAUCUUCUUUAGAGAGGCUAGGUCAUCUUCAGUCACCCCCAAAGUAUUCUUCUAAAUUCUAAGGUGGCAAAAGGUUACCAAAUUUUUGACUGAUUAUUAUAGAGAAUAUGUUGGCCUUAAAUUCAA